AUGGUUAGGGGCUUUCAAACUAACCUUCAAAUCAACUUGCUUGGUGAAUUCGCCUGGAAGGGAGCGUCUGCUGAGAUUCGCUGUGAUAGAUAUCCCGGACAAGGGAAAGGGUGUAGCAAGUGCGGGAAAGAGCAUAUUUUGAUUACGCAAGGCGUUGUAUUGCAAAACCUUGCUGGCUUGUCCGUGUCUAUUCUAGACGAAGGAACAAAGACUUAUAUCACUGGCAUUGAUCUAAUAAGUGCGGAUGUGGAAACCCCGAACAUCACGUUUGGGUAUCGGCUCCCAGGAGGGCAAGUAACAAUCAACCUCAACGGCCAGCAACUACGAGGAUUUACAAUCAUCAUGGGUGACGGUGGAAUCCACGCGAUACGUCCUAUACUCAGCACGAACAUCGUUGCGAGUUGGAUUGGCCAGCCUGAGGAAAACGAUGCAUGCAACUCCACACAUCUCAGUCUGGAGGACGAUGUCAAAGCUAUGUUGGGAAAGUUCGAUCAAUGCAAGAUGGUUAGUCUGUCCAUAGCAUAG